AACGAAAUCAGCCACUUGAAAUCCCAGCAGAAGGCAGAUGAAAAUGUCAUUCAUGGCAGCCUGAAAGACAUGGAGGAGAAGCUGCAGAAGACCACCGAAAGAACCAACCUCUAUGCUUACAAUCUGAAAGAGAGCAGCAAGAUCUUGGACCAGCUGAAAUCCGCCAUGGAUUUCCUGUUCAAGCGGAUCGGCUGCGAUGCCACCAAGAUCAAUCGGCACCUGGGAGAGACUGGAGAGGUCACGGACCAGAAUCUGAUGGAGUAUUUCA